AGUCUGCAAACGCGCGUCCGGCCGUUCACGGUUAGCGUGAUUGAUUUUCACGAUCGUGAUUUUUUGCUUCUAUCGUUUGGUGCGGUUGCGCGUAAAAAUCUCAUCAUUGAAAACGAGGACGGUUAGUAGAGUGGUAAGCAGCAGGCGUCGGUUUUUAUUUCCCGAUUUACAGAAAGCAUCGGCAAAUAGUGAAUAGAAACAGACAGCUACGGAGCAAACAAGCAUUUUGAGUCUGAGAUAAAGUUGUAGUAAAUAGAAAAAAGUGCGUGAGUGUGGCCAGGUGUGGAACUGGACCUGAUGCAGCUGGCAGCACGUGCGCCUAGGUCCAGUUUGGCCAGCUGUAGCCAAGAUCCAAGCCAAGUGGUACCCAUCACAAGUCAACAGCAAGUGCGUCGAAGUUCUAAAGGAUUCACGGCCAUCGAUGUCGAACCGGGUGAAUCUGCGCCACGGGUGAGACAUAAGUCCGUGUCGGUGUUGGUGAGCGACGUAUUAAAUUCCACCAACGGAAGCAACGAUGGCGACGAAAACGGCAGGGAGCAGAAUAAUGGAUGCCGACGACGGAGACCCGCCUUGGUUUCUCAUCUUCAGCCGAGGAAUCCAUCGCAGAAACAGAACGCGAAGAGCUCUUGCCUCAGGGAAUGCUUGCUGUGCAAAUGCUGUAACAAAGGAAUGGAGGAGUCGACCGAGGCGGCUGAUACUGAGGAAAAUGGUUUUGAAAAUUGCGAGCUUGAGGAAAUCGUGGCCCCACCGAAGUACCGACCGGAAUCCAUUGCGGCGCUGUGUGCCGCAACGCGGUUCACCGAGUCGGAAAUCAAACGUAUCUACCGAGGCUUCAAGGCGGAGUGUCCGGCCGGAAUCAUCCGGGAGGAGACGUUCAAAUUUAUUUAUUCGCAGUUCUUCCCCCAGGGAGCUAAUACAGGUCUAUAUGCCCAUUAUGUGUUCAACACGUUAGAUAAGGACCAUACAGGAAUUCUCAGCUUUGAGAACUUCGUUCAAGGUCUAUCGAUUCUGUCCAGAGGCACGUUGGAGGAGAAACUUUGUUGGACUUUCUCACUAUACGAUAUCAACCACGACGGGAAGAUAACCCGAGAGGAAAUGACUGACAUCGUGACAGCCAUCUACGAACUGAUGGGAGAACGAGAGGAUGGCGGUACCGAUGAUGUGCAAAUUAAAAACAAAGUCGAUAUCAUUUUUCAGAAAAUGGACUCGAAUCGCGAUGGAGUGAUAACGAUAGAAGAAUUUCUUGACUGCUGUCGGAAAGAUAAACUAAUUUCGGAUUCAAUGAGCGUUUUCGACUCAACAAUAUGACCUUUGGAGAAACUACACACGCUGCCGGCGUACGUUGUAGAUCAAAACCACACCGCAGAUACCACCGAGAGUAUGAACGGCUAUAGUCAGCAGACUGAUUUCUACAAAUCGGACACAUCCAACGGACCAAGGACAGACGAAAACCAAAAGACUGCCACCGUUCCCAAAUCACAAAUGUCUGCCAGCAGCAACCAGCUCAGCAAGUCCACCCGUGCAAGCACUCGCAAGCAAUCGAUCCUGAUGAAUGGUAAAGCGAAACAAAAGUCCAGUAGCGUCCGUUAUCAUCAUCACCACCAGCUCAAACAUUAUCACAUUCCUUUCGAAACGUAUCAACAGCAAUCGACUCGUCCCACGCAUUGUUCAGUUAGAAAUAGCUACCCGUCCGGGUACUCGGAGUACCCACCGCAAAUGACCGGCGGGAUCGCUACGAUCACUCCGCUUGCCACCGGUCAGUGUCGUCCGGCGGAGCUAGGCUGCCACCAACGACCGGAACACCCUACCCUAGUUAAGGUGAAAGCAUGGUACACUGUUUCCAAGCAAGGUUUAACAUACUAGGGUCAGUAUAUCGAAUGAACUUUAGGAACGAUCUGUAGAUCAAGGUUUGUUUAGCUUUAACUCGGUAGAAACAAUUAAACUUUUAUCAACAAUAAUGUUGAAAUUAGGAAUUAUUUAUAUGAAGUUUAUAGAAUGUUAUACACAUCAUGCGUUGGUGGUUGUAUAAUGCAGAAUGGAACACAUGUUGUUUACUUUGUUCAUUUUGGAGUACUGCUGAAAAACUUUAGUGUUUUGAGAUAAGGUGAUUUUGUCGAUUUAUAUUUCGAUUCAAAUUAAUCGGCAGUUCAACUGUUCAAUUUAGCAUAUGCUUCGAUUGCUCGAACCUUUCGAAACUUGUGAUUUUAUCGAACAUCAAUGCAAAGUGCAAAAAGAAGCUCAUAGAAAUGUAGGAAGAAGAUCUACUAGACCAUUGUUGUAUAUAGCUAGAAAUGAUGAAAUGUAACUGAGUAAUGAAAGUUUAGAAAAGGAA